GACCUCCUCCUAUCCCUCCCACAAGAGUUGCGCAUCCAGAUCCUUGUGAACCUUUCUCUCGACGAUAUUCUUUCCCUUCGACGCUGCUCCGCUGCUUUCAAUCAACUAGUCAAGUCCUGCGAAUCACCCGUAGUGCGGCACCAUGUCCGCAACAUCCUUACCGACCUGGAGGUUAAGCUCUAUCCUGCCCCUGCACCGAUGGAAGCGGACCUCAACUACCUCCUCAACCUUCGACACCGCGAGAUCGUCGUUCGGAAACUCGCAAAACAGAUGUGCGACUUUGUGGCGAUCGAUGUGCUCAAACGAAACAAUGCUCGAAGGCGCAAGGAGUUCGAACCGCGAUACCGACAUAUGUACUCCAAGAUGCUACCGUUACUCCUGAUUCUUGGACAGUUCUUCGAAAGCUUCCGCAAAAGUGUACUCGACCGAUGUUUUGCAAACAGCAGUCCAGACAAGAAAUUUCGGCUGGUCCCAGGGACCACAGUCUGGGACGAGCAGCUGGCGAUCAUGGACCAAUACAAGAAGCAGCAACUCCUCGACUGCUACCACAUGUACGGCUUCAUCCUCCAAGUAUUCGAGCGCAAGCUACGCCCUCCCCGAUUCAACCAGCUACUCAACCGUUUCCUCCCUGGAUACAAUCGCCGGCCGGCAUCCACCAAAGAAAUCGAAACCACACUCAUCCUCGGCGGCAUCGACGCCGUCCGGCAGAUCCUUUUGCCCCGCACCUACGUAGAGCGGCGCCGGGCACUCUCGACGUUCCUGGGUGGGCUGGAUCCCGCCAUGGACCAUCGCUGGGAGCGGAAUUGGAGACGU